AUGUUCAAUAACGUGACAGUGACACUUUCACUAGACCUUCUGACACCGUACCUACAACCAUCUUCUGAGCACAUAACACUGAAUAAUCAUGAGGUUCACAAUAUCGUUCUUGCUUUGAUUUUCUCUCCUUUUCAAGUCAUGCUCGCCAAUUCAUCAGGGCACCCCGCAUGCCAUUGCGAAGAGCGCUCUGCCCUGUUGCAAUUCAAGGAAAGCUUUAUUCUUAGCCGGUCUGCUUCCAAAUUCCCUUUUGCUUAUCCAAAGGUUGAGUCCUCGAAGCUUGACGGAAAUGGUAGUGACUGUUGCUUAUGGGAUGGUGUCGAGUGCGAUGAGGAUACUGGUCAUGUGAUUGAACUUGACUCAACGCUAGUUGUCUCUAUGGUUCCAUUGACUCCAACAAUACCCGAAUACAUUGGGAAUCUGAAGGGCCUUUGGUUACUCAACCUUUCCAACAAUAUCUUCUCUGGUUUCAUCCCGUCAUCCAUUGGGAAUCUAGCGAAGCUCGAAGCACUGGACUUGUCUCAAAACAAGCUUUCUGGGAACAUCCCUAAGCAACUUGUGCAGCUAACCUUCCUUCAGUUCUUCAAUGCAUCUCAUAAUCAUCUUACUGGGCCAAUACCACGAGGAAACCAAUUCAAUACAUUUCAGAAAGAUUCAUUUGAUGGCAAUUCAGGACUGAGCGGAGAGCCAUUGUCAAACAAAUGUGGAAGUCUCAAGGCCUUACCUGCUCCGGCUCCGGCUACAGGAGAUGAACUUUUGGGACUUGACUGGAAAUUUGUUCUGAUUGGUUAUGGAAGUGGAUUUGUCAUUGGAGCAGCUAUAGGACACUUUGUAACGAAAAGAAAACAUGAUUGGUUCAUGAGGACUUUUCGAAUCAGGCAACAAAGAAGGCCAAAGCACACAAGGAGACAUAGAAACUGA